AUGUCAUCUUUCCCCUUUGGCGAUCUCCCUACGGAGACGAAGAAGAAUGUGAUCCUUAACGCCCUUCCUUCUGUCACCGCACCUCAUCGAUACUACCUAUCAAACAUUGCUCGUAUCCAUGAAUACGUUGAAGAACAGACCCUCAAGAAAAUACAGGACUCCGACCCAGUUAUCGCUUCGUUGUCGAAUCAGAUCCGAUGCCUCAAGGCCAUCAACCCCCAAGAUGGGACUGCUAUCAUGUCUAGCGUCGGUGGUGUCGAGUUUCGCCCUGACCCGAAGCACGACACCUUCAAGGCCAUGGAAAUGCGCCUUCCUGCCGUUCAUCCGUCUGCGUCCUGGAACCCUCAAGGGGUCAAGGGCUAUCAUAAAUACGCCCUGCCUUUCCAGAACGUGCUUAACGUCGCUUAUCGAACCUACCUUGCACGAGGUCAAGCACCACCCCCCGACGACGGAUUGACUAUUGCAGGUCCAUCAACUGCCCCCGCGGUAAAAGCCCCCCCCACCUACUACAAUAUACCCUUUGAGAAAGAUCUUCCGAUCUUUGCCCGCCUCCCAAAGGCCAAAAAUCUGUCUCUGAUCGUCGAGUAUGCCGGCCGUGAAUGGCAUAUUAACGGCUUCCAGAUGAAUGGGCCUGACGUUGUCGGUCGACGAUACCUUCUGAACCGCUGGGGUCUUAUUCGCUCUGGGGACCAUUCUUAUGUAGCCGAAGAAUACUUUCGCUCCCGCCGCAUUCCUGCCGACACCGGCAUCGCAUGGAACUUGCCCGGCAGAGACCGGCUCAGCGAUCCCGAGGACCUCGAGGGCGUCCCAGUCCCAAUCUCUCGCUACGGCAUACCCAACAUUGGCUUCAACGCCUAUAGUCGAGGCAACAUCUCCCUUGGCGGAAACUGGGCGGGAUUUCGGUUCUGGGUCGACAACAACAAGGUUGAGUUCAGCCCACUGUGCUGGCAAGAGGUCGAGCCGCUGAUUGGCGAGUACUAUGGUCUCGACGAGCGUGGCUACAACACCUUCACCCCCGGACUCGUCGCCAGAGUUUGGGUUAUCCGCUCGGAACAGGAUCUUGAACCAACUGAGAAACCUCACCACCACUGGAUUGAGGUUAGAGAGCCUGAGUUUGGCGAUCCGGAGUGGGUUGAGCAGAUCGCAGCGACAUGGAAGAUGACCCGCCAAAUGCUCUCUCAUGUUCGUGGCAGUGCCAUCGAGGAGGAUGAGGAGAGAAACGUCGCCGCGGAUAACUACUGUUUCCAAAUGGAGCCGUGA